CACUCGAUCGAGACAGCAGAGGGAGAUAGUAAUACGGAAAAAUAUAUUUUUUUAACCUUUAGUCAUGUCGCUCGCCUCCCACCCCACACUAGUGUUCUUUUCAUCACUUUCACCUAAAAGCCCUAACAGUGCCACCUCUGCGGCGCGACUUUUCGCCUCUACGGCUGUUGAUAUUCCUACCCUCUGUUCCACCUCCAAGUUGGCUCCGCAGAUCUCCCCUUUUUAGGACAAACAAUCCAUCCACCACCGCCCUACACACCCUCCUUCCUAAAAAUAGUAGCCGGCGCCAUGCAAAUGCGAUUCCCCACAGCUCCCCGUUCCUGAUGGAGCUCCUCCGCAGAUCAAUGGACCUAUGAGACGACGAGCGACGCCAGUCAGCAACCAGGUCGUCCAGGUACCGCAGGAACUCCCAGCGGCCACCCCUACUAGCAACCACUCCAGUCUCCAGCUGAGCUGAGCUGAGCAACAAAGGCAGUUCAGCUCCAUUCCAACGCGCGGCCGCUGCCUCGGCUGCCACCGCCGAGAUCAGCCGCCAUCUCCACCAAAGGUUAAUCGAUGGACCUGCCCCCAAACCCCGAGAGCCCGGGAGGCGGUGGUGAUGGCGGCGGAGGAGGCGGAGCCGGUGGAUCGAGCGGCGGGGCGUCUUCGUCGGCGCCGGGCGGCGGCACGCCGCAGACGCCGAGCCGGUACGAGGCGCAGAAGCGGCGGGACUGGAACACGUUCGGGCAGUACCUGCGGAACCACCGGCCGCCGCUGAGCCUGGCGCAGUGCAGCGGCGCGCACGUGCUGGAGUUCCUGCGGUACCUGGACCAGUUCGGCAAGACCAAGGUCCACACGGCGGCGUGCCCCUUCUUCGGCCACCCGAGCCCGCCCGCGCCGUGCCCCUGCCCGCUGCGCCAGGCGUGGGGCAGCCUCGACGCGCUGGUGGGCCGCCUCCGCGCCGCCUUCGAGGAGAACGGAGGCCGCCCGGAGUCCAACCCCUUCGCGGCGCGCGCCGUCCGCCUCUACCUCCGCGAGGUCCGCGAGCACCAGGCCCGCGCGCGCGGCGUCAGCUACGAGAAGAAGAAGCGCAAGAAGCCGCAGCCAGCUGAUCACGCCAGCGGGAGCGGAGGACAAGGCCCUCACCACCCGCCGCCUCCGGCACCGCCGCCCGCCGGCGCGGCGUGCUGAGGCCUGAGGAACAGUACUACGACACACGCACCCCAUUUGGUAUGCCGGCCGGACUGAGCAUAUUUUAUGUAGGUUUCGAUCGAUUUGCCGGUGCAUGCAUGCAUGGUUUAUUUGCUACUACCGUUUUGCUCGCGCUGCUGGUGCUGCUUCUUCUUCGCUUAGACUCUCUCUACCGAUCGUGUGCCGUGCUACAUUGUUAUUUCUUCUUCUCCGUCUCUCUCUCUCUCUCUCCUGCUACACGCUUCAGUUCCUAGCUACCGCUUAUUUUCGUUUCAAGCAGUUUAAUUUGCUUGUAGAAGCAAAUCUUAUCAUUGGAUCAUUGAAUUGAAGCCUAUAUAUAUAUGCUUUUCAUUCAGUACUGCUCAUUGUAGAGAUGAACGAAGAUGGACUUGCAUACUUGUGUAUCGGUUCAUUGUACAUACGUACGUGUCCUCGAUUCAUAGUACAGAGAGAGGACGAGAGAGCUAGCCAGCGCGGGUACCGGGAUAUGGCCAUCCCCUCUCUCCUCUGCAGUUCUUCGCGGGUGCCAAGUCCCAUCAAGGACGUACAAAUUUGACGCAUCCAGAUCUUUGGCUUUCUUUCUAGUUCUGAUUCCUGUGCCGCUUCCUUUUUCUGGUGCGAUUGCGCUCGAUCGAUCGGCGCCGCGCGUUAGCCCGGGAACUGCUCCACCCACUGCACCAUUGAGCAGUGUGACAACGGGCAUGGCCGGACUGAUCGAUCGAGCCGGAUCGUGGAUGGUACUGUCGCGGCGCACUGUUGCAUGCCAUCCUCCGUCCCAUUGGCUCGGUGCAUAUCUUGCUAGAUCUUGUCUGACGGUUGAAUAGGGUGCAACUGUUGUUCUUCUCUAGCGCGCUCGUGCCACUGGUCAGGCUGCCGGCUGGCCGGCCGGCUUCGCUACCCUCCAGCUGCAGUGACGCCCAUAGGAGGUCCAAUGGAUGAAUAGUUGUAAUAUGUUUGUGCUGUGUGUGCCACUGCACUAGCUACCUCUCCGGCUUCUUGUCUAGCACCAUGAAUUAGUUUAGUAGGGUGCGGCCAAAUAAGGAGAUGUUCAUUGAUUCACUGUAAUUAGCAGCUUCAUAUCUAUGGCUCUAUCUCUUGUCGAGCUGCAUGGUUGCAUUGCUAAAAUUGGUAGUACAUUUUGACAUACAUAUACACAGGAUUUCAUUGGUUGCCUGGUCUCUGAUUCCUGAUUUCAUGCAUGCAACAAACUAGUGCUGCUACCCAUCUGAAUGCAGUCUGCAGUAUCUAUAUGUUAACAUGAUAAAAAAAAAGCUCUUUAAUUAUUUGCAAUCUCCAAGCAAUCAUUUGGUGAUCUGAUAAUAAUGGGAUUUUAUAUAUGACUAUAACUAGCUAGAUUAGUAAAAUGUUGGGUUAGAAGCAGCUCUUGAACUUACUCAUAGUUUAUCAUUAGGCUAAGAUACAAUAUAUAUAGUGGCUGGAUUUGCACGUUCAGAAUCAUCCAUUUAUGUUUGCACAUAUAAAUUGAACAUUGUUGGUUUGUCUCCUCUCUUAGUCUUCAUUUUAUGUGCUCAUGUGUGUUGUUACUAUAGAGAAUUAUAAUUACUUAGUUACUUAAAUGCAUGUGCCUUGUUUGAUAUGAUUUUACGGUUCUCUAGUUUUCUCAAUGUUUUGAAGGAUAAAUACUAAGCCAUACUAGCAAAAAGAUUUGUAGAAUUAUAUAGUAAUCUGUAUAAUCACGUACAUUUUUAGCAUACUCCCACAGUCCCACUUACAUACUCUUAAUUACGACUUUACAGAAAAUUUAGCAUUUUGACUUGUACUAACACAAGACAAACUACUGCGCAUUUUCAUAAUUAAGUUAUCUUAUUGGGUUCUUCGAAAAUCAAACCUCAAAUAUGCAUCGAUAACACAAUUAUUUGGUUUUGUAAAUUUUCACAUUUCUAUACAUUUAACAAAGUUAGAAAAUUUUGAUUUAGGAUAAUAAGAACUAACAAUUUAAAAUGAAGGGAGUAAACAUAAAGUAUGAAAAGCACGUACCACUGUCCUACUGUCAUCUUUGUCGAGUGUCUCAAACACUCGGCAAAGACUUUUUUACACUCAGCAAAUACUUUGCGAAAUGUUACAGUUGCAAAAAAUUUAUCGGCAAAUAGUUCUUUGCCAAGUACUUUUUUGGGCACUCGCCAAAGACUUUGUCGAGUAUCAAAAAACACUCAGCAAAGAAAAUCACUCGAUAAAUUAAGAAUCGCAAAAUAUAAAAAAAACAACAAAACAUUUUUAAAAUUAGAGGAACAACCCCAACCAUCACCAUUUCUCUACUCAUCGUUCUAUCAUUUUUCAUCAUUUUUUGACUGAAUUUACGUGUUUUGUGACCGGCGAGAUUCAAACUCGCAAUCGCUCUCGCGCGUAAAUUACUCUACCACUACACCACUAUAUCACUAAUGUCUAUAUUACGUUUUUCUUCCCCAUGUAUUAUAACAAAUCAAGAGUAAAUUGAUUAUUUAAGGCACUAAAUGAAUAUAAAUGAAAAUGUUGUCAGCUGUAAAGUUACAUAACUUUUCAAGAUCUACAACUUUUAUAUUGAUAGUUUUUUCAUCUGAGGUUGUUUACAAAAUUUAAAUUUCAAAUUUUAAAACUUCAACCAUAUUUUUUAUGACAAGACGAUUUCAAAUAAAAAUGUGUUAAUUAUAAAGUUUCAUAACAUUCAAGACCUACAGCCUUUUAUUUUGGUGGUUUUUCCAUCCGAGGUUGUUUCAAAAUUUCGAAUUUUUUAAAUUGAAAUAAAGUUUUGCAUGACAAGAUGAUUUCAAACGAAACUGUUGUCAAUUAUAAAGUUUCAUAACUUUUUAAUACCUACAACUUUGAUUUUGGUGGUUUUUCCAUUUGAGGUCGUUUUGAAAUUUUGAAUUUUGAAUUUUUAAAAUUCAGACAUAGUUUUCAUUGACAAGAUGACUUUAAAUCAAAAAGUUGCCAACUAUAAAAUUCUAUAACUUCUCAAGAUCUACAAAGUUUAUUUUGGUUGUUUGAUCAUUUAUUUAUCUGAUAUGUUGGUUCUAACAUUAUUCAUAAAUCUUAUGUAUCUCUGUAUUAGUUUCAUAAACUACGAGAGAGAUAUAGUUUUCAUGAACAAAUUUACUUUUAUGUUAUCAUAUAAAGAAAUGUUCAAAAUAUAAAUGGUACAUCUUGAUGCAUUAUACAAAUUUAUAUUUGAAAUCUUUUUUAUUUGAAUUAAUUUACUGCUUCAAAAUACAAUUUUUAAAUUACCUUUGCCUAGUGUUGGAAAAAAACACUUAGCAAAGAGCUUUUGCCGAGUUUCAAAAAAAAACACUCGGCAAAGAAACCCUUGGCCGAGUGUUUUUUGUUUGGCCUUCGGCAUGCGCCGAAAAACACUUGGCAAAUCAUUUGGCACUCGGCAAAAAGCCGGAUUCCGGUUGUGUACUUCGAUGAAAAAUGAGACAUCUGCCAUAUUGAAAUCCUACAAAAAUUAUUCGCUCCGUUCUUUUUUUAUU